GCUCUCUGUUAUUUUCAAAUUCAUCGAUCGGAUUUGGACAACUUUCUCUGCUCUCGGAACUAAGCUGUGAAGUAAGAGCUAAGAAUAAUGCUUUAGUUUCCUGGUUAGCACGUAUUUUCUUACUUGAAAGGGCUUAGAGGGACAACCCAUGAGCUUGCAACUAUUUUGGGGUUUUGUGGGUGUGUGUUGCCGUUGCAGGGGUUUCGGUCAAGUAGUGUGCUUCCACGCAUGCUCUACAAUGCAGGUCGUCAAUGCUUUGAUUAGAUGAUCCAUAAGAACUUUUUUUACUUGGCGCAGCAUUGUCCUAAAAAAUUAGAGAAGGUUGGCUUGGAAGUCCUGAUGAUGUAGCUUCUCUCACCACAUUUUGUUCCCAGCACUAGGCAAAUUUGUUAGGAUAUUAAAAUUAGUUUCUGGCUAAAAUUGGCUCGAAUACUUAACAUGAUGUCGAUGAGCUUGUGAGAAUAAAAUUUUGGACGACCUAGUUACAAAAACUAUGGUAGCAUGCCGAUGAACCAUUUAUGCUGAAAUCUUAAUAUAUUGAUUUAUAUCUUUUAACGCAUUCACCUCUCUAAGCUUCUAGAAAAGAAAUUACUUGAAAUAGCUUGGUUCUUCAACAUCGAUUGGGACGGCAAGUUGCCAAUUCCAGGAAAGUGACCAUCCAGAUUGUAGAAAAGACUAAAAUGUCGGAAUACUUUAUGUACUGUUGGGGCUAUGGUAUGGAUAUGAGAUAAAAGAGAUGACAACAAACAUAGCAGUGCUCAGCAAAGCUUCAACUCUGUAAUAUUUGGAGUGUGGAAAUUGUUUCUAUUAAUAUUCACUGGGAGGUCACUCUAUUAAUCAAAAUUUUGCGGGGAGGAAGGUUUUGGCAUACAAUGAAACGAAAAGCUUUGAAGAAAUUGCCUAGAAGAAGAAGAAGCAGCUCUGAUAGUCAUCCCGACAUAACUAAAGACUGUACAGUGCCGAAAGAUUUAGCUUCACUAAAAACAACUACAGAGAUUCCUCCCUCUUCUUUUGAGUUCUAUGUCUGGUCAGACGAGGGAAUUAAUCUUCAUGUUAAUUUAAAUUCAUCCCCUUCUGAUUGGACUAACAGGUUUAAAAAAGAGGUUUGCAUUACUGAGAAUUUGCAUCAAAAUGAAUCCUGGAGUUUUUGGCAGGAUCUUGGUUGCUUAGGAGAGAGUUCUACAGAAAGAAAAAGUUCCUUUUUGCAAAAUAUGAAGUCCAACCCAAUUGAAAUCCAUAGAAGACAGAACAAAUCUCAACCAAGCUUCAAAAUGACAAAUGAUGUUACCGGGUCAGAUCAUCGGGAUAUAGCUCUGACUGCAAACAUGGUAGACAACUCAAAAGAAGGCCAAUCAACUGUCUCUGCUGAACUAGGUUAUGGUGCGCACAACAAUUUUAUGUCUGGAUCUGAAUCUUGGUCUAGAGAUGCAUAUAAAGAUGCGGGUACUGCAUUUAUCAAGUCAAUGUGUAGUUCUUUCGGCAACUCGCUGUCAGAUCCCAACAAACUGGAGCGUCAAAAUUCAAAACCUGGUAAUGAAAUUUCUGAAGACUUUACUCAGCUAAAUGGUUCUUGCUUUGUGAUCCCUGGUGUUGCAUGUCCUGGAGUUUCAGUAAGCAGUUCAGCAGAUCUUCAAAUUUCAGAAGUUGCUAGCUGUCAUAAACAUGCUUCAGCUUCACUUUGUGAAAAUGAUGGAACUCUGAAUUUAAUGAAUCCAAAGAAGAUGUCAUACGCAGAACCGGGUGAACUUGUCAAUUCAAGCAAGUUUAAUCUGGAUACCAAUGGAAACAAUUUUCUACUUUCUGAAGAAUGGGAGCUGGGCAAGACUGUUGAUGGAAGGGAGAGUUCAGAAUGUUCACAGUUUGAUGACCCUCUCAAGAAGUCUGGUCCAGUGUCUGAUGAUCAGGAUUCUAAAGUGGAGCUUUUGAGAAAUAGGAAACGGAAAGAUUCCAAGGUUCAAGGUUACGGUGCCGAACCUUUUGCAAGGAUAUUAAGAAGCAUGAAGGCGCCUAGAAGAUCCAUACGCCUAAUCUGCAAGUGCAAGGGGCAUUAGCUUUUUUCUGAUUGAGUUCAUAAGGAGCCUGCAGCCGCAUUUGUUGGCAUUGUUUGCCGACUUCUGGUAGAGUUGUAACGUUCUGUUUCCGAAGUGGGAAAGUGACUUUCAGCAGGUAUGAACUGCCACUGACCCUCUUUCUAUCCCAGUUUCGAGAAGCAUCUGGGCAAAGCGGCACGUGCGUUGAGAUUAGUAAUCCAUGAAAUUGAACCACUUGUAUUCAGGUUGUAAGAUAGGGGCUGAGAUAUUUGUCUCUCAUCAUUCUAUUAUUUUUCCUCGUAAAUCAGCCACCCAUCUUUUUGCUUAGAUGGGUCAUAAUCACUUCAGAAUUUAACUUAUGCUUGAAGCGUGCGUAGAUGAGAAAUUUAUACAAACAGCUCAUAUUCCAAUCACAGUUUGAUCUUGUUGC